AACAUAGACAAAAUUCAUGAAGUAAAACCGAUUUGUAUGGUUUAUGAAUAAACAAAAAUGAAAGAGAAUAUUUAUUAGGGUUAUAAAUAACGAUUUAUUUUAAUGUUAUAUUUUGUUUUGUUUUCAGAAUUCGGAAAUUUUUCAUUAUAUUUAAAUUUAACCAAAAACCUUAUACUCAGGUAUAAUACUUUUACUUGAGUAUAGGGUCUAUGAAUUUAACACAUUCUUUAUAGAAACCGACCAAUGACGAAAACGUACACUCAAACCUACUAUAUUACUAUAAGUAUAGUGUAUACAGCAGUGUGAUAUAAUGCAUUAUCAAAAUAUAUGAGUUUACAUGACGUGAUUUGCAUUUACGAAUACGCACAGCAAAAAACUUACUCCCACCAAUUUAUAAGAUAUCUAUAUGAAUUUCACUUGAGUAUAAGGUAUAAUAAUAUACUACUUUUCAUUCCAGUUCAAUAUUAAAUUUACUAGACUAUACAACUUAGAAGUACGCACAUACAAAACGACAUAACUAAACUACAAUAUGGACACGAGUAUAGCUGAAACGUUUAUGGAUGGGACAGUUUUUGUAACUGGAAGUACAGGGUUUUUGGGGAAAGUACUUACUGAAAAACUACUCAGAUCAUGUUCAUUGAAAAAAAUUGCAUUACUUGUGAGAAGUAAGAAGGGAGUCGAUUCAGCUCAAAGGGUUACAGAAAUAUACAAUCAAUCUCUGUUUGAUCGUCUUCGAAAAGAAAAGCCUGACUUCAUGAUCAAGAUAAAAAUAAUUGAAGGAGAUUUGGGACAACCCUCGCUAGGUUUAUCGUCAGAUGAUCGUGAGUGGUUGAUCAAAAAUGUGAAUUUCGUUUUUCACUGUGCUGCAACAGUCAAAUUCAAUGAAACUCUUCAGAUAGCAACAGAAAUAAACAUACAGGGAACAAACAGUAUUUUAGACUUUGCAACGAUGAUGAAAAAUCUUAAGGGUUUUGUACACGUAUCGACCGCUUUUUCACAUUGUCCGAGAAAUGUAAUUAAGGAAGAAUUCUAUCCUGCUCCGAUUACGGCCAAGGAGCUAAAAAAUAUGUCCAUUGAUGAGAUGUCACGUGCAAACAUUUUAGAAAAUUGGCCCAAUACAUACACAUUUACUAAAGCAAUCACGGAAAAUAUGAUUUUGAGCAAUGAUUAUCAAUUGCCGAUUUCAAUAUUUCGCCCAUCGAUUAUUGGAUGCGUAAAGUCAGAACCUUAUCCCGGUUGGUUGGAUAAUAUUAACGGACCAUCUGGCAUAGUGACCGGAGUCAUAGCCGGAUUUUUAAGAACUAUACCGCUUGACAAAAAUAAAAUAACUGAUAUUAUUCCAGUUGAUUAUACAGUGAACGCAUUGAUCAGUGUUAUGUGGGAUACAGUUAACAGACAUCAACAUUCAAAUCAAACGAAAAAGGUCCCAAAAAUAUAUAAUUACGUUUCUAGUACUGAAAGCCCGUUGACAUGGGGUAGAUUUAUUAAAAAAAUGCACGAUCAUUAUUUUGAAGUUCCUCCGCUGCGAUCGAUGUGGUAUAUAUUUUAUAUUUUCUAUACCAAUUUAUUAAUUGGCACAGUUCUGAGAAUUUCGCUACAUAAGAUACCGGCUACAUUUAUGGAUUUGAUACUAAUUAUAAGUGGUAAAUCUCCCAAAAUGAUAAAAAUGUAUACAAAAACAGAAAAUAUGUUGGAUAUGCUUAAAGAAUUUACUACAAGACAAUGGUCAUUUGACAACAAAAAUACCAGACAACUUUGGUCAUCACUAAGUAAAGAAGAUCGUAAUAUGUUUUGGUUUAGCUUGGAAGAAUUCGACUGGAAAGCCUAUAUAAAAAUCUAUUAUUUUGGGAUUAGGAAACAUACACUUCACGAAGAACUAAGUAAUACAGAAGAGGCUGUAUCAAAAAAUAGAAAAUUAUUCUGGUUGCAUCAUUUGUGCAUUGCUCUUAUUAUUUAUCUCGUAUUACAAUUGUUGUAUUGGAUGUUUAUAAUGUAAUGCAUACCUACCUAUACGCAUGAAAUCAUGAAUCAAUAAUACUUUAUUAUCAUAAAACCAAACAGCUGAUAUUCGAAAAUGGAAAUGAAUAACUGCUUACUACAUCUUAAUUUUAUUUAGUUAUAUUUAUUUCAACCAUACGUCCAUACAUAUACAUAUACAUAUACAUAUAUAUCAUUAAAUUAAGUAUUUAAGUUAUAAUGUUAUUUUAUUUUAUUAUAUUUAAUUUAUAUAGCAUGUAUACAUCAUAUAAACUUGUUCAUUUUGUCAAAGAAAAUAAAACUUC